CUAUUAUGACGUCAUGUUGGUCGCACUGUCAGUAAAAAUACGACAUAACCUGUAAGUCGAUCGCCGCGCGAAAAAGUAUGAAUUUCUUUAUUACAUUGUCUUCCAGGGAUUAUUGAAUCGAAGCAAAUUGUGUUUCUUUGACAUCGGUCGUGCUUAGAACAAAAGGAACGUCGACAUGAAAUGCGUUAUACCGGGGGGAAAUGUAAAGAUCUUGGCAAAAGCCAUACAUAUGCUGGCAAAAAUUGGGGAUGAGAUGUAUGUGAAUCCACAACAAGAAUCGAUAUCCUUCAGUACAGUCAACAUGGCAAAAUCAGCAUAUUCUGACUUUACAUUUCACAAAAAUUUCUUUUCUUAUUAUGUCCUUGGGGAUCUUGAGGAAGAAGAAACCCAAAAGUGUAAAAUAUCUAUGAGAAGCGUCAUGACUAUCUUCAAAUCUGCGCAUACAUUAGACAAGUAUGUGGAGACCUGUCACAUUAAUCUGGAAAUAAAUGCUUGUAAUCUGGUAUUCAUCUUGAAAUAUAGAAAUGGCAUUAACAAGUCCUACUUGUCACCCAUCUUGGAUGAUGAGAAGUUGCAAGCAUCGUACACUAAGACUGGUAUGACUAACGAGUUGACGUCACGGGCUCGAACAUUAAUAGAUGCUCUACAGAAUUUUCAGCAGAACCUGAUUGAAAUAACACUUGAGGUAACACCACAGAAACUGCUACUCAGAAAUUAUGUGGAUGAUGCUUCAGUUUUACAACAUAUCACACGCACGCAGUUAGUCCUCAGUGUCGGAGAGUUCGAUCGUUACGUAAUAGGCAACGAGACGGUUGUCACAUUCUGCCUGAAAGAAUUUCGAGCUUUCCUCACUUUCAGUGAGAGCGUAGGUGUCCCAGUUAGUGCACAUUUCGAGACUGCGGGGAGCCCAGUGCUAUUCAUUUUGAAAAACCAAGGCUUCGAGGUGAACUUGGUGUUGUCAACGUUGAGUCCGGAUAGCGACACUCAAUCAGACACCACAGUUGUUAGUAGGCACGUGCAAUCUGUUCGCAAGAAGUCAGUUUUGAAAUGUAAAUCAUCCUCCAAACACAACAACAAAGCUACAAAUCAAGCAAAGAAGUCUACAGUCCCACACAAUGCUAAAAUUGAUAGUAUGUUCAAGAGGCAGAAUGCGGAAAAGACUAAUCAAGGGAAUGAGACGCUUAAUCGAGUUGAGAACAACGUUCGCGCGACCACGGGAACGAAUAAUCCUGUAAACGACGUACCAGAGAGCAAUCAAGCCAAGCCGGAGCGGAGUCACUUAUUUGCUAUCAGUCCUAGUACGCCAUCGUCGACGACUCUUAAAAGAAUCCCAGAGAGUCACAAGAAGUUGGUGAAUUCGGUAUUCUCCAGCAUCACAAAGCGAAAGUCUACGAGCGAUUAUUUCAAAGAAGAACAGGACGCGGAACUCAUAGACCUAGAUGAAAGCAUCCCGCGUUCACCACCGCGCCAACAGUUGGCCAAAAGAGCCAAAACAGUGUUUCAAAAGUGUUUCCAAACCACCUUCGAUCCGCGAAUGCUGCCCGGCCACGAUACAAUCUUAGUAGAGGAUUCUGACGAAAACAACAGCGAUUAAAUCUAUCGCGAGUUUUUAGACUAUUAGUUUUUUCUUUUUUUUUUAUUUCGUCAACCAUGUUAAGUAUAAAUCAAAGAAACAUUGAUAUUACGAGAUCAGAUCAGAUAUGAGGAAGUUAAUGGGACCUGUUUUACAUAGAAACAGACAGUGCUCUUUGUGAAGAUCAAUAUAUGUUAAUUUAUAUAGAGCAUAUUAUAUAUAUAUAUACAUGUGAAUAUAUUUUUCACUGAAAUGUUAUUAAAUCUUUUCCACAAAUUUUUAUUA